AUGCUCUUCCUGUUGGGCGAGCUAACAUUCCGCCAGUCUUGCAUGAGCGAAGAGCAAAAGUACCAAGGCGCAUUAUACAAACCAAAGCAGAACAAGCAGCAGCAGCAGCAAAACAAGCAGCACCAUCAGCAGCAGCAGAAAAAACAACAGUCCAACAUGAACUCACACCGUUUGGACAUGGCCAACACACUGGCCCUGCAGCCCUUCGUGGAAGACGUCGGUGAAGACAAAGAGUACGAGUCGUGGCACGAGUACGAAGUCCAUGACAACCAAUCUCCUCCCCCACGCGCCCCAAGCCCUCCCACUGCAAACUCCUCUGACGACGAGCACGUCAACGUUUUCGACUUCCUGGACAACUCACAAACCCCAACCGCCUCCAACGUGAGCCGUCGUCGCGAGCGAAAAGCCCCCGAUACGUCCGACGCUACUUCUCUUGUCCGCUACGAAUCAAAGACCGGUGAGCUCCUGGAGCCUACCAUGGACCAAGAUGAAGAGCCUCUUGUACAAUAUGGAACAGGCCCUGUGCCCGCCUCUUUCGCCACUCCUCAGACCAAGACUGAGCGACGAAAAUCAAAAGAGGGCGAUCUGAAGAAGGACAAGAAGCGGAAGCGCUUGCACGUUGACGUCGCUGGCGACCAGAUCAUGGCAGACGCUCCUCCCGUUCUCCACUCUGGCCUCACUGGCGGCCUCAAGAACAUGAUGCGACCUGAAUUCCCACCUUCACCUGAUUACUCUGGAGACAACAUUGCCGAGUCGCCAACAAGCCCGCUCAAGAAGACGAAGCACACCCGACACCACAAGAGCCACCACUCCCACACGGUCAACAACAGCAUCUUUGGCAUGAUCUCUGGCUCUCCACCAAAGACCAAGUCGAGCAAGCACAAGUCUUCUUCUAAGAAGCAUUCUCAUCGCAAGCACGACAAGAAGGAGCCCAAGCUCAUCGAGUACCGACCAAGCUCCAAGGAGGGCAAGCGGGACAGCCUUGACGGACAGAUGAUUGUCUUCAAGCCUCGCGCCGAUGUCUUCCUCAGCUUCGUCAACAAGGGGCCCGAGAGCGAGCGCGGCUGCAGCAUGAACAAGGCAUUGAAGCGAUUCCACCGGGAACGCCAGGCUGUUGGUGCCAGCACUCCCAAGGUCAAGGACGAGAAGGAGCUGUGGCGAUCACUGAGGCUUCGACGCAAUGACCGGGGCGAGAUUGUUCUCUUUUCUAUUUAA